AUGAGUUAUGAGGCAGUUCCUGCCGAGAAUUCGGCUUUUAUACCUGAUCAAGCCAAACGUAAUAUCAAGGGAUGGUAUUUCUAUUGCUUCUCAAGUGAACCCUUCAUAGUCAGCGCUGUUUCCACGUAUGUCCCAUUAUUGUUAGAACAGUUUGGUAGGAUUAACGGUGUUAAAUUGGAUGAUCAUAGUCUCAGAUGCGAAGUGAAUGAUGAUAAGUGCGUACUACCUAUGUUUAAUGGAAGAUGGUUCAUUGAUACAUCUAGCUUUGCAUUAUAUACCUUUUCCCUAAGUGUUCUAUUUCAGACGUUACUAGUAAUCAGCGUCAGUGGUAUUGUCGACAAAUGUCAGAGCAUAGCAUUUAAGAAGAGAGUCCUAUUAUUUUUUGGAACAGUUGGGGCUUUAGCGACAUGGUUUAUUGGUACACUUAGAUCAGACCAGUACUACGUAUUACCUUUGCUUGCAAUAGUCGGAAAUUGUAGCUACGGAGUCAUUAAUGUUGUAGGAAACUCAUUGUUACCAGUGUUUGUGGGAUUUUUGGUUGGAAAUGAAGAUCAGCUGGAAGUUGAUAUCAAAACUUCUAUUAUAAGCGGUCGUGGUGCUUCUUAUGGAUAUUUCAGUGCGCUUAUCGUACAAUUAUUUUCAAUAUUGUUGGUAAAACAAAGCAAAAACCACGACAAUCUUCAAAUAGCGAUUCUAUUUGUAGGCUUAUGGUGGUUACUGUGGCAAAUACCGAUAGCAUUUUUGUUACAGGAUAUCCCCCGUGACACAGAUCAAGAACAGCAUGAGUUUACAUGGGCCAACACCGGAAAUUAUAUGGAAUACGGCUGGAACUCAUUGUGGGAGUCAUUGAAGCACGCAAGAUUGUUGAAAGACGUGGUAAUCUUUCUCAUUGGGUGGUUUAUUAUAUCUGAUUCUUUGACGACAAUUAACUCUACUGCCAUUUUGUUUGCCAAAACGGAGUUGAAGAUGACAGCUAUAAAUCUAAUUACUCUAAGUAUCAUAACGAUGGUUAUGGCAAUGCUUGGUGCUGUCUACAUACCCCAUUUAUUAAGCGAACGUUUGAGACUUCCCUUGCAGCAGGUUUUGAUCAUUAUAAUCAUUUGGUCUAGUGUUAUUCCAUUGUAUGGGAUGACGGGAUUUGUAUUCCAAAACAUUGGUUUGAAACACAAAUUUGAGAUGUAUAUCUUGGGAGUGUGGUAUGGUGUGUCCUUGGGAGGCUUAGCUGCUGUGUCGCGUUCGUUAUUCAGUUUGCUUGUACCACGUGGGAAAGAAUCUACAUUUUUCAGUCUUUUUAGUGUAACUGAUAAAGGCUCCUCAAUACUAGGACCACUGUUGAUCGGCUUAAUUACAGAUAAAACUCAUAAUAUUAGGUAUGCAUUUUACUUGUUAUUCCUUUUUUUGGUGGUUUCACUACCAGUCUUCCACGGUUUGGACGUGGAAAGAGGAAAAAGAGAAGCUAGACAAUUGUCUACUAUGUAG